AUGAGCAAACAUUCUCUCAAAGAUGAAAUCAACCCAACUUAUGGCGAUAGGAUCACUGUUCUAAGCAUUGAUGGGGUUGGAAUUAGAGGCAUUAUUCCUGGAACCAUCCUGGCUUUCCUUGAAACGAAGUUACAAUUGGAUGGAGAAGAUGCUCGAAUUGCAGAUUACUUUGAUGUUAUUGCAGGGACUAGCACUGGAGGUCUGAUCACAGCAAUGCUGACUGCUCCUGAUCGAAACAACCGUCCUCUCUACUUGGCGAAAAACGUCGUUCCGUUCUAUCUUGAUCACUGCCCCAAAAUAUUUCCUCAAUCCAAUGGAACUAUUGUGAGAAUGAAUGCUAUAUUGGGACCAAAAUAUAGCGGCAAGUAUUUCCGAAAGCUGCUUCGCCAGAUUCUUGGAACCCGAAGACUGCACGAGACAGUAACUCGCGUUGUUAUACCCACAUUCGACAUUCGAUUGCUCCAACCUAUUGUGUUUUCAACUUUUGAGGCUGAAACUGAUGCAUCUCAAGACGCUUUGCUGUCUGAUAUAUGUAUCAGUACUUCUUCAGCUCCAACUUACUUUCCAGCUUAUCAUUUUAAGACCAAAGAUUCCGAAGGAAACGACAAGGAGUUUCAUCUAGUUGAUGGAGGGAUUGCAGAAAAUAAUCCUUCGUUGUUGGCGAUGAAGCCGACGGGGAGAGUGUUUCCUGGUGAUCCUGAUGAGUUGCCAGAGCAAGCACUAAAAUGGAACAAGUAUCUAGUGAUUUCUCUAGGCACUGGAACUUCAAAGAUAAAGAAGAAUUCUGAUGCCAAAACAGCAGCAAAAUGGGAUCGACGGUCUUCGUGA